UGCUUUCAACAAGUACAGUACCACAUAAAAGUAAUAAAUCUCGCAAACGUCUUGCUGAGCAUUGCUCAGCGUGCAACGUGACACUGCGAGGUUAUUCACGGUCUGUUUUAUAUAGUACGUAAUCUACUAUAACGUUGGACAUUUGGAGUUUUGACUGAGCAAUACCCAAAGCAGUGUCCUAUGUUAAAUUGAUGACAUGAGGUCUGGCGAUUAGGUCAUGCGUAUUUUGUCCAUCGCGGGUGGCCUUACGACAACACGGAAGUGGAGGGGCGCUUAAUAUGCGUUUAAAAGAGGGGCGAAUAGCUGAAAUAUAACUAAGCCAAUACAAUGAUCUUAUGUUUUACGUGAACAGCUUUUACCUUGGCUUCACAGCUAUGUCGUCUAAAAGCCUUAAGUGCGGCCUGUGGUUAGUGUGCUAGUCGCGCGGUUAUUCAAGCAGAAAUGAACGACAUUAACUUCACAUAUUGUCAGAUCUAUAACGUUUGCUGUAUAUAAUACGUAAUCUAGUGUAAUACUAGUAGGGGUCAACGGAACAAUACAAAACGCGGUGUCCCACGUUGAAAUGGUGACGUAACAUCCGGCGAUUUAGCGCGUGCAUAUUUUGUCCAUCGCGAGUACCCGUACGACAACACGGAAGUGGAGGGACACCUAAUAUUAGUUUAAAAUAAUGUGUUUAGAUCACAAGCGCGAGGCAAAUAGAUGAAAUAUAACUAAACCAAUACAAUGAUUUGUGUUUUAAGUGAACAGAUAUGUCGUCUAAAAGCGGGAAGCGAGGCCUGUGUUUAGGUCGCUAACUAGCAGGUAGCCGUACAACAACACGGAAGUGGAAGGACUCUUAAUACGCGUUAGUUCACACUUGCUCGGCAACUAGCUGAAAUACAGCUAAACCAAUACAAUGAUUUAUGUUUUAAGUGAAUAUCUUUUACCUUAGCGUCAAAGUUACGUCUAACCGCGCGAAGCGAGGACAAUGAACGAAUGACUGUCAAAGUGUUCAAAUAAUUGAUUAGAUUUAAGAAUAAAAUGGUUCAGAACAUGUUCCGGACCGGCUUCCUAGUUCGGGCCUCACACACCGUGCUAACCUGGGUUAUAACCCUGAUUCUGUUCGUACACAACACUGAUUUGCGCCAGUGUGAGGAGCGCGGGGAGCUGCUGCUUCCAGUUCUUUUCUUCCUGCUGGUGGUCCUUUCAGUGCUCUUGUACUUUGCUGUGUCCCUCAUGGACCCUGGAUUUGUCCUCUCUGACACUGUCAAGGAUUCUGAACUGGAGACGGAGUCCAUGAUGCCUCAGGCUUCCACGCUGCGUCUACGGCGUUGUGGGUUCUGUCUGCUGCAGCAGCCAAUGAGAGCCAAGCACUGUCAGACGUGCAAACGCUGUGUGCGUCGCUUCGACCACCACUGCCCGUGGAUGGAGAACUGCGUGGGCGAGAGGAACCACCGCUGGUUCGUGGUCUACCUCGCGGUGCAGCUGCUGGCGCUGCUGUGGGCUCUGCAGGUGGCGCUGUACGUACCUCAACACAGACUUUCACCAGCUGAUCAGGUUCAAACAACAGCUUGUCCGCGCGGCAGGUCGGGCAUCUCCACCGGCGCCACGUGGGAGUCGUGGCUCCGCGCCAACGGCUUCCUGCUGGCGGCGCUAUGCGUGGCGGGCGUCUUGUCGGCGGUGGUGGCGGUGCUGCUGGGCUGCCACGUCUACCUGGUGUCCAUCAACUGCACCACCUGGGAGUUCAUGUCCCGCCACCGGAUCGCCUACCUGAGGGAGCGCAUCGACGAGGACAACCCCUUCGACCGCGGCAUCCUCUGCAACCUGCGGGACUUCUUCUGCACCUGCGGGGCGGUGGCGUGGGAGCAGGUCUACCACGGGAACACCCACAACCCCGUCUGACUCCAGGUAAACGCUCGGACCCCACGCACCAGUCACACAAACAGGAAGUCGGGUGAACCCAACAUGAAGUAGAUGAAUGGAUGAGUGUAUUUCAUUUAAUGCUGACAUUCAUUCAUUCAUAGCAUGAGUAACAUUUACUAAGCAGCUUGGACACGCCCCCUCUUCCUCUUUGACCAAUCCCACUCGUCUUUGGUGUGGAGGGCGGGGUUGUUGAUGUUUGUGUAAUGGAAUAUUGAAAUAAACCACUUGUGGAGCUUU